AUGGAUUUAGGUGAAAACAUCAUAAUGAAACUCUACGACUGUCGCCGCGUUCAAUCGGCUGUUGCCGUCGACCUGGACAAAUUGAGAGGGCACCUGUACGUGCUGGACAGCGGAUAUGACAACGUCAAGUGUCAACCGAAAAUUAUCGUUUAUGACCUGAAGACUUACAAAUGUAUACAGUCGGUGGAACUCGGUGGGCUCAACGGCUCGGGACUAGCCACGCUGGUGGUGGAUGCAAGACCGUUCAAAGGCGAGACGAAGGUGUACGUGGGUAACGCUCGCGGCGGACACAUCACCGUGUUUGAACCGGACAGGAGCGUUUGGUACAUGGUCGCAUUAAGCAUCCAGAACCACGGAGGGGCAGUUAUACAGGAGGACUACUACGGACCGGAAGUCGACCCGGACGUGCCUGCAGAAUGCAUCGCUCUCUUCAAGCGUCAGUCGUCCGUGUACUUGACGUCGAGGCGCUCUCACGACUUGUACACGGCUUCGUUAAAGGAUCUCCGGAAUUUGACCUCUUACAUCACGCCUAGCAUAAAGAAUGGUGACGUACUUCCGGUUGGAUUGCGAGUGCGCUGGGAAGGCGUCAAGCUGGGCGUUUCGGGCGGGUUUUACGCUGACAUACAGGGUGGUCUCAACUACGUGUACACCAGAGAUUUCGUGGCAGUCAGAUUGAGUAUCAUGAUGGGUGGCGUACCAGUCGCAGCUGAAGACCAUAAGGUGCUGUUGCAGUCAUAUGACCUGUUACCGGCGGUCACAAAGAUUUUCACGGAUAAUACGAAUUAUAGGCAGGUGUGGGCCCUAAACGCUAUGCCCAACGCGGAAAACCGUCACCUGGUCAAAAUUAAUACGUUAUAA